AUGCUAACUAGGUCAGAUGAUGCUGAUGCAGAGUACUGGGAUUUUGAUAAGAUCCUAGACCACAAAUGGUCCAAACAACCUGGUAGACAAGGAAAGAUCGAUGUCAAGGUCAAGUGGAGUGGUUUCCCUGAGGAUGAGGCUACCUGGGAACCCAUGGAAUUGAUCAGGAAGGACAGCCCAACAGUCCUUGCAGAGUAUGCGCCCCUCAAAGCAUUGUCCAUGAGUCCAGGUGGAAAUGGGCCCACAAGUAUCUGA